ACAGCCCAGGAGCGCGGCCUGCCUGAGAGGUGGCUCGUGCGCUCCCCUCACAGUCACACUCCGCGCACUCACACACUUGGAAGCGCCUCCCCACGUCCCUCCCCUGCCCUCCUCUUGCUCUGCUCUUCUCUCCCUCACCGCUCAUAGUCGCCGACCUACUGCCAAUCCGCCUCCCUCUCUCUCUCUCCAACAUGACUGACUGGGAAGCGGUGGCUCCGGCAGAGCCGCUCUGCGGGCGCAGGCAGGAGGAGCAGGAGGAUUAUUAAAUCACGCAGCUCGACUCCGUGCCACUGGGAGUGGAGAGAAGGAGCCCAACAGCCAGGAAGGGGAGGGAGGGCAGAGGAGGGGGACCAGGAAGGACACCCCCGUGCCCCGAAGACAUAAAUCCCCGAGUGCCCGGGAGGAGCCUUAACAAGCGGCGCGGAGCCCUCAAGGCUGCUAAGUUGGCUAUCACAGUGCAAGCCUUGGAGUCCCAAUGGGGGACUCAGGAUCAAGACGAUCUACCCUGGUGUCCCGGUUGCCAAUAUUCAGAAGAAGUAUUAGCAGAAGACAUGAGUCUCUUCCUUCUUCACCCUCUUCCAGUAAUACAGUUGGUGUCCACAGUUCCUCUCCUUCCAGCACUAACUCAAGCUCAGGUAGUACAGGUAAACGUAGGAGCAUAUUCCGUACUCCUUCCAUUAGCUUCCACCAUAAGAAGGGGAGCGAGUCUAAGCAAGAACCUACCAACCAGAACCUUAGUAUUUCAAAUGGUGCUCAACCUGGUCACAGCAAUAUGCAGAAACUGAAUUUGGAAGAACAUGUUAAAACCAGGGGAAGACAUUCUGUUGGUUUUAGUAGUUCACGGAAUAAGAAGAUAACGAGAUCUUUGACGGAGGAUUUUGAAAGGGAAAAGGAGCACUCAACUAAUAAGAAUGUCUUUAUAAAUUGUCUAAGUUCUGGCAAAAGUGAGGGGGAUGAUUCUGGAUUCACAGAAGAACAAACUCGCCAUUCUGUUAAGCAGUCAACAAGAAAGCUACUCCCUAAAUCGUUUUCAUCUCACUAUAAAUUUUCUAAGCCAAUUCUGCAGAGCCAAUCCAUUUCAGUGGUACAACAGUCUGAAUUCUCACUGGAAAUUACACAGUACCAAGAAAGAGAACCUGUAUUAGCAAGAGCUUCUCCAUCUUGUUCUGUGGAUGUAACAGAACGGGCAGGAAGCUCUUUACAGUCUCCUUUGCUUUCUGCUGAUCUUACCACAGCUCAGACACCUUCAGAAUUUCUAGCCUUGACUGAAGAUUCUAUGUCUGAAAUGGAUGCAUUUCCUAAAAGUGGAAGCAUGGCAUCCCACUGUGACAACUUUGACCACAAUGAUUCUACCUCUCAGAUUUCUCUCAAUCCUGCUGCUGUUACAAAGACAAUAGAACUUAUAGGAACUGUUCCCUGUGUAAUUAUGUCUCCCGGGAAAUGUAGGUUAGAAGGUCGAUGUAGCACGGAACCUCAUUCCUUGCCAGAAACCUCUGCUGCUAAUCAGAAGGAAGUGACAUUGCAAAUCACGGAGCUGCCUGUUAUGAAUGCGAACAGCUCAGAGACUAACCCACCAGCAGAUACCGAAAAAGAAGCAAAUACAGGGUUACAAAGUGAUGAUACAAUCCUGGGUGCAAACUCCCCAAGUAAACUUGGAUUUUAUGAGCAACAUAAAGCAAUAGCAGAACGUGUUAAAGGGAUCCAUCCUAUUUCAGAUUCAAAGAUAAUACCUUCUUCUGGUGAUCAUCUUAUUUUCAACAAAACAUCAUAUGGAUAUGAAGCAAAUCCUGCCAAAGUGCUUGCCAGUAGCCUCAGUCCAUUUCGUGAAGGAAGAUUUAUAGAGAGGAGACUGCGAUCCUCAUCAGAAGGAACUGCAGGGAGUAGCAGAAUGAUUCUGAAACCAAAAGAUGGAAACACAGAAGAAGUUAACAGUUUAAGAAAACAGAGAGCAGGUUCCUCAUCUUCAAAAAUGAACAGCAUGAAUCUGUGACAAAUCUCGGACCAUCUGAAUAGAUGCAUGAUCUCUAACUCAUAAUUGAUCUUGAAUAAAAAACUACCUUUUCUGAGGGGAUAGUCACUGGAAUCUGAAG